UGGAAAUAAAACAAAAAAGCAAGUUGUUAUCAGGGGUCAUAAAAGAUCAAAUGUUGGUCUCUUUUUCUUAUAAAUAUAAUACAAAUUUCCUUUCACACAAAAAAUAAAUAGGCAUGAAAGACUAGGUUCUGAUUGUGACCAAGGUUUUCAUAAUUGACAAAUAAUUAUCAGUUUACAGCCAGAGGAUGAGAGCAAUUUCAAUGGGAAACAUGUCUCAAGUUGAGAUGUUAAUAUUAUUAGUUUAUGGCUUGUUAGUUGCAAUUUCUGUUAACAGCAAUACUGUAGCUAUUCAAUGCUUGGCUUCUGAUCAGGAAGCUCUUAUAGACUUUAAAAAUGGGAUUGAGGAUUCUCACAACCGUCUCUCGUCGUGGAGAAGCAACAAUUGUUGUCAAUGGCAUGGAAUAUGCUGCGAUAACAUCACAGGUGCGGUCGUUGCAAUUGAUCUCCAUAACCCGUAUCGAAAACCAUAUCAUUCUUCUCCGAACAAGUAUGAAAUGUGGAACCUACGUGGUGAGCUAAGACCGUCUUUGAUGAAACUCAAAUCACUAAGGCAUUUAGACUUGAGCUUCAACACAUUCAGAGCAAUACCAAUACCUAAGUUUUUAGGAUCAUUAGUAAAUUUACAAUAUCUGAACCUUUCAAAUGCUGGAUUUGCUGGUUUAAUUCCACCCCAUUUGGGAAAUCUUUCUCACUUGCAAUCUCUUGAUCUCGGUGCUUUUAGAUUGCAUGUUGAAAAUCUACACUGGUUGGCUGGCCUUGUCUCUUUGAAACAUCUUGCCAUGGAUAGAGUUGACCUUUCAUCGGUGGCGAGAACAGAUUGGGUUAGUACACUGAACCAGCUACCUUCUUUAAUGAAAUUGCAUCUAUCUUCUUGCAAACUUUUUGGUCAUAUUCCAUCCCCCACAUCUCUCAAUUUUACUUCACUUGCUGUUUUAGAUCUUAGUUCUAAUAACUUUGUUUCAAAGAUACCUGAUUGGGUUGUAAAUAUUAGCACCCUAACACAUAUUGACAUAAGCAGUGGUGGUUUGUAUGGAAAAAUACCACUUGGUUUAAGAGACCUACCAAACUUAAAGUUUUUGAGUUUAGGGGGUAAUGGAAAUCUCACAGCCAAUUGUUCUCAACUCUUCAUGAGAGGAUGGAGAAAGAUAGAAAUGCUUGGUUUGUCAGGAAAUAAACUACAUGGGACACUUCCUUCAUCCUUUGGAAACUUGACUUCUCUCACUUACCUUGACCUCGGUUACAAUUCUAUUGAGGGUGGUAUUCCUAGUUCCAUUGGUAAACUCUGUAGGUUGAAAUAUUUUGGUUUAUCAACAAACAAUUUGACAGGAACUCUACCUGAAUUUCUUCAAGGAAUAGAUGAAUGUCCAUCUCGAAAACCUCUUCCUAAUUUGAUGUAUUUUAUCAUGGAAAACAACCAGUUAUAUGGUAAAAUCCCAGAUUGGUUAGUUGAGCUAGACAAUCUAAUUGGUAUCACUCUUGCAUAUAAUUUGCUUGAAGGUCCAAUUCCAGUUUCUAUAGGGUCACUGCCAAAUCUCAAUUACUUGAUACUUACAGGGAAUAAAUUAAAUGGUACUCUACCAUAUAGUAUAGGACAGCUUUCUAAGUUGUCACACUUAGAUGUUUCUUUCAAUCAAUUGACAGGAAUGGUAACUGAAGAACAUUUUUCAAGGCUGACAAAAUUGGAGACUGUGAUCCUAUCUUCCAAUUCACUCACGAUGAAUGUCAGUGCCAAUUGGAUACCGCCAUUCCAAAUAUCGUUUCUUCUUAUGGGUUCAUGUGUUUUGGGACCCUCUUUUCCACCUUGGCUUAAAUCACAAAAUAAGGUCGUUUAUUUAGACUUUUCAAAUGCUAGCAUUGUUGGUUUUAUACCAAACUGGUUUUGGGAUAUUUCCUCCGGCUCAGAAUUUUUAAACAUGUCACAUAAUGAGUUACAGGGUUGGCUUCCAAAUCCAAUGCAUGUGGGAUCUGAUUCUGAUGGAGUUGAUCUAAGCUUUAAUCUUCUUGAUGGACCAAUUCCUGUUAUAAAACCUGGAGUCGCGCUGCUAGAUCUCUCACACAAUCGCUUUUCUGGUACAAUCCCAUUAAACAUAUGUCAAUACAUGAAUCAUGUGGGAAUUUUAUCUCUUUCUCAUAAUCAACUCCAUGGAGAAAUACCAUUGUCUCUAGGAGAAAUGUCACCUUGUACUGUGAUAAAUCUUUCAGGCAACUACUUAACCGGAAGGAUCCCUGCCAGCUUUGCAAAUUGCCAUUUACUGGAUGUACUGGACCUUGGGAAUAAUAGUCUGUUUGGGACAAUUCCAGAUUCCUUGGGUGAGUUAAAACUACUAAGAUCACUACACCUUAAUGACAAUCACUUUUCAGGGGAUUUGCCGUCAUCUUUAAGAAAUUUGUCAAUGUUAGAAACUAUGGAUCUUGGAAACAAUGGACUGUCUGGUGUUAUUCCAACUUGGUUUGGGGAAGGUUUUCCAUUUCUAAGAAUUCUUGUUUUGAGGUCUAAUGAAUUUUCCGGUGAAUUGCCACCUAAUCUUUCAAAACUAGGCUCACUGCAAGUCAUCGACCUUUCCAAAAAUGACUUCACUGGAAGCAUUCCAACAAGCUUUGGUGAUUUGAAAGCUAUAGCCCAAGCACAGAAGAAAAAUAAAUACUUACUCUAUGGAGAUUCUGAAGAUCACUACUACAAAGAAAGUUUGAAUGUGUAUAUAAAAGACCGAAGAGUAGAGUAUACCAAGACUCUUUCCCUUGUUACUGGCAUAGACCUUUCUCAUAACAACUUCAUUGGAAAUAUUCCCAAUGAAAUAACAAAACUAUCUGGUUUGAUGAUUCUCAACUUGUCAAGAAACCAUAUAACUGGCAAAAUUCCUGAAACCAUGUCAAAUCUGCAUCAACUAGAAUCUCUUGAUCUCUCGAGCAACCGACUUUCUGGUAAGAUUCCUUUAAGUUUGCCUUCCUUGUCAUUUUGGGGCCUAAACUUGUCCCACAACAACCUUCAGGGUGUCAUUCCUUACACAGGCCAAAUGACAACCUUUGAUGCAUCAGCUUUUACUGGGAAUCCGAGUCUUUGUGGUCCUCCACUUCCGGUGAAGUGCUCAGGUCAUGAUGAUCUUAGUCAUGACUCUGAAAACGAUAUAACGUAUGAUAACUGGUUUUUAUUGAGUCUUGGUUUGGGGUUUGCAACAGGCACUCUAGUUCCUUAUUUUGUUUUAGCAAUGAAGAGAUCCUGGAGUGAUGCCUAUUUUGACUUUCUGGAUCAAUUUAUUGACAAAAUAUUAUUGAGGCUACGACACCGUCAAGGAAGAAAUCAUGGCCAAAGGAGGAAGAUUCAGCAUAGGCAGUAGUUUAAGAUAUACACGUGUUUGUGUAUCCGUCUCUUGUUUUAUGUACUAAAA